AUGCUGUGCCAUCUGCCCCCCAGGCUCCCUAGAAUGUGGGACAGGACUUUGGAGAAGCAGGAAGAUAGGAAAGCAUUGUGUUUUGGAAAACAGAAAUGUAACCUUCAUAAAGUGGGGAAGGAAUUUGAACCCACUGCUCACUCAGUUCCUGGCUUCCUGGACAUAUGUCUGAUCACAGAGGCACCUUUGGAGGAAAUGGUCCAGCACCUCAAGGCUUGGAAUGUCCCCAAUGAGGCGGGUCUAGUCCCCAGAACUGCAAAAGGGCCUAUUAUGUCAAUCUACUUCCAAGACCUUGACAGAAACCUGAUUGAGGUGUCCAACUAUGUUUCCUCAUGGUUCUGCCUGCUGUUUCCUACACCCCAGAAGCCUCACUGA